AUUGUAUCUUUAUUGCUGUGGCUCAGGAUGGGCAAAGUCUUAUCACUCGCAAACCUUGCGAUUGCUCGUUAUAUUUCUCUAACCCCUGCGGUCCGUACCUUGAUGCUGCUACAAGUAGUGGCUCUGCUUUUGAACUUGUGCGGCGCUUUUGAGCCACCGAAGACUCUUCGCAAUGUUCCUCUGGACCGCUCCGAUGUCGGACGUACAGGGCUUUCCCCAGAACCUACGUGCGGACAGUAUUUGGCACCGUCUAUCCUCCCUGGAGCCGGUUUGGGCAUGUAUUCGGGUGUGGAAAUCGAAGAAGACGAUCCUGUGAGCUACGGAGACAUUUGUAUUCCACUAAUUGAUUUGAAAUUGCACGUCGGGAACGAUGACAACGACUUCUACAAUCCCUUUGCCGCCUACGUGUGGCAAGCCAGCGCCUUGGGUAUGAUUGAUCUCAACCUUUCGAAGGAUGUCAGUGCCUUCUGUAUGGGUAUCAACAGUAUUGCCAAUUGCCACCUCCCCUUAAAGCAUGCGUACCAGACUAAGCCGGAAUACGAUCCUCAAGUCCUGCGACACAGGCACGCCUCGGUUGGAUCUUUUACGCCCUAUUUCAACCUCACAUCUUUCGCGGCACGUCCCAUUCCGUCGGGCAGUGAAAUUUUUAAGUCGUACGGCAAUUACUGGUUUGAAACCCGAUCCGACACGUUCGGUCAACAGUUUCCUUUGUCGACUUCAUACAAGGAAGCUAGCAACCUUCUGGAAAAAUUGUUUGUGUCAAUGAAAUUGACCAGCUCUCUAAGUGCGAGCUUGUACGAUGAGGUGGUGUUGAGUAUCAAAGAAUUGCUACCUUCGCGUACCAUGAACGCCUUUCCCAAUACGGUACCCCAUGCCAUUUUAGGAGCUCACGAAAGCUUGGCUGCUGUUCAUCAAACACUGGUCAUCCGAGAUUUGGAGUGGUUGCGAUUGAAUGGUCGGUGCCUGGAUCAUAUCCGUCCGGGAACGUCAACUCUUGAAAACGUUGGGCACGGUGCAUUCGCCACACGAGAUUUAUCAUCCGGAACUAUCGUGUCUGCCUCCCCUGUACACCACAUUGAGCGCGCAUUUACCCAAAUGUAUGAAGUCAGAUACGAUGAAGCUGCCAAAAAACAUGUACCCGACAAAUCAAAAAUUGUUGCCUAUCAGCUGCUAUUAAAUUAUUGCUUUGGCCACAAUGAAUCAACUGUGUUGGUCUGUCCCUAUGGAAAUGGUGUAAAUUAUAUCAACCACGUCCGGGAACAUGCCAACGUCAAGGUGCGCUGGGCUCAAGACUUCCCAGCUCACCAAGAUGAUGUCCUGCAUCAGGCAACCCCCGAAGACCUCUUCAAUUCCACUGCGGAACCUAAAUUUGUUCUCGAAUAUAUUGCUUUACGCGACAUUGUAGCAGGCGAGGAAAUAUUUUUGGACUAUGGCGAAUCCUGGGACGCUGCGUGGAAUGCCCACUCCUUGUCCUACGAGCCGUUUGGUGGAGCUACCUCGGCUGAACGCUACCGAGAUGCGUUUUGGGUCAACGAAAAUCACGGUGACAUGCCACUACGAACUCGGCAAGAGCAAAUCGUGGAUCCGUACCCAGAUAAUUGGGUUUUGCGCGUUCACCCCUGGGUCUUGCAGCACCACAUAAAGUAUGGCUACCUUUCUGGCAAUUACGAUUGGCAGGAGUCAGAUCGUACUCCACUCCGCGAUGAUUUCGGCUUGCCUUGUCAAAUUUUGGAGCGGCACGAAAACGGAACCAUUCCACACAAGUACACAAUCCUGGCUGAUACCACUAGCGUUGAUUGGUUCGAGACAGACAGCGUGGCCAUUUCUCAAGUGCCUCGAUCGGCUUUGACCUGGUUGAACGCACCCGGAACAAUGGAUUUUCAUCUCCCCAACGCCUUUCGACAACCCAUAGGAUUGUCGGACGAAAUGAUGCCAACCCAAUGGCGGAAUCUCCUGGCCAAGUAA